AGUGGGCAAAAAAAAAGUUGUGUAUGUACAGUAAUACCAGCCGAUCGAGAAAAAGCCACCAUGAAAGAGAGAUAGGGCGUGUUUUGCAAUUGCAGCUACGCAGAAGACAAAAAAAAGAAGCAGUUGAUACGGUGAACAGCAUUUCUUCAUCUUUUUUCAGAUGCUGCUUUGAGAGUCGAGGCUGACAAACGAGCAGUCAUGAGUCAGAAUUUCGACCGAGCUCCCGGAGCAGGGAGAACCCGAAAUCUUCCAGCGGACCCCGGGCUCAUGGCUACCGCUGCGGACGGCGAGACCAAGACCCGUUUUUUCAACCAAAGGGAGCCGCUGAGACAGCCGCGAACAUCCCCGCCGUUUGCCGACAACAACACCACCACGGCCAACGACAUGGUCGGUGCAGAUUAUAAAAGACCAAGCAAACCCCAACAAAGUGUAAGUGCCAACAGUAUGCCUGCUUCCAGAGGUUGUAAUGAUGUGGAUUCCUUGGUCAAGUCAUCAAAUCUUUCAGCCAAUGCUCCAGAGUUUGUUCCCUCUGGAAUGAGCCUGUUUGAAGACCCCACUUAUUGUGAUGACAGUGAAACCUAUUACUUUGAAUCAACAUUGGCUGAAAUGGUCACAGACUUUCUCGGCCACCUGAGCUCCUCACCGGGGUCCUUUGAGACAGACGUUGAAGACAUAACUGGUAUGCUCAAUUCCUGUGUAACUACUGAAGAGCUGUUGCAGGAGCUCGUGGAACUGAUCUACACACAGUCCACUGCCAUUCCAAACUUCUCAUACACGGGUGCCAGACUCUGUAACUACCUGUCCCAGCACCUUACUGUCAGCCCUCAAAGUGGCAACUUUCGUCAGCUCCUCCUAAAAAGGUGUCGAACAGAGUAUGAACAAAGGGAUGCAGCUGUUCGAGGAGACCCAGAGACUCAAAAGAAAUUCCACUCCUUUGUGCUCUUCCUGGGAGAACUCUACCUGCACCUGGAGAUAAAGAGCGGAAAAGGACCUCCGAAAAGAGCGGAGAUCCUCCUCAGUGGCCUGAAAGACCUGAUGAACAGUCUGCUCUCGAAUCCUGUGGAUGCAAACCUCAUCUGCGCUGUCAAACUACUUAAGCUUACAGGCUCUGUCCUGGAUGAUGCGUGGAAAGAGAACGGACAACCUCACAUGGACGAUCUGAUCCAAAGAAUAAAAACUAUUCUACUGGAUGCCACCUGCAGCAGGGAUGUCAGACAGAUGCUUCUGAAACUUGUGGAGCUGAGAUCCAGUGACUGGGGCAGAGUCCGUGCUGCUCCAGCAGCUAGCAACGCAACGCCAGACAACGACCCCAACUACUUCAUGAAUGAACCUACGUUCUACACAGAAGAUGGCACACCUUUUACAGCAGCGGACCCAGAGUAUGCUGAGAAAUACCAAGAGAUCCUGGACAAGCAGGACUAUUUCCAUGAUAUUUAUGGAGAAAAUGGAAAUGAAGUAUACGACUUUGAAGACGAGAUGGAGCCUGAGAUAGAAGAAGCUUUUGAGAAUUUUUGUUUAGAAUCAGAGAGGAAACGACAACAGUGACGUGAAAGUUAAAAUCGGUGACACUCAACAGGCACAUACUGCAUUUUUCCCCACUCAACUUGCUGGAAUGUUGAAAAGCAAAGGAAACUAGCAGAAGAUAGAUUGAAACUUUUAUUUUACUGCAAACAAGCAUUUUAACAAAAAGAGCUGUUCAUAGUUGCACUCCUGACACUUUUUUUCUGUCAGUGUUGAUUAGAAAAUGGGGACAAUCACUGGGAUAAGUGUUCAAAAUGUUGCUCUAUGAAGACUUUUUUGAACAUGGAAGUUCUCUCUUUGUUGUUUUAAAUUCUUUCAGAAAUUUCUUUUCUUUACGCCUGAACUAAAUGCAAAGAGGGAAACAGUGUGCUGUGGAUUUUUUUUUAGAGUUAUUUUAUGAAAGGCAGAUAUGUUUCAUUAAAUUGUGUGAAAAAUGUUUUAGAUUAAUACCCCGUGCAUAAGUUACAGGCCAAAAACCUCAUAUCAUCGUCGGCGAUGCAUUAUCUUUAUGUAAAAUGCACUGUAGAUGGGUGACGUGGUUGUUUUUACUACAUACCUACAUGAAGUGCAUACACAGCCUUUAUCUGCGCUGUCAUGACAUGUGUCUCUUGUCUGGUUGCCAAUAUUGAACACUGUAUCCUAGGCUAUUCACUUAAUCUGGCUGCAGUUCACUUAAGUGGUCAGGAACUCUGUGAAAGGCUGUGCAGUUUAGAAAAUGCGGUAUAGCACUAACAAAAACAAAUACUCAAGAUCUGUCACAAACAUACAGACAUGAAUAAACAAAAAAACUUUUUAAAAAUUUCUUUUGCAGGUUAAAGUAUACAUUUUAAGAACUUUCAAGUACAUGAUUCACAAUCUUUAUAAUGCUGUGCAUCUAAAUCCAGUUUAUUUGCUGAAUGUAGCUUUAAAUAUCUACAGAUCUUGCAGUUUGCAGCGGUCAUUGUGACAUAACUGCAAAAAGGAUUCCUUGUUGACUAAAAGACUGUUUACCAGCAAUCCAUGGAACCCAUAAAAAAGGAAUGUUGUUCUAUAGUUUGUAAAUAUUAUUUAUAGUAUUGUUUGCCUGCAAUAAAUUCUUUAUAAUGUGA